AUCGCUCAUCUUGAAAGACAGUGUAACCAAAUUGAAGCGCGAGGCAAUGCAGUGAAACGAGACAUCCACAACUUUGCCCAAAACUUGGUCGCAGUUAUUGAAACAAAGAAGAAGGAAAUGUUAAACAAAGCUGAUAAACAAAUUAAAGAAUCCCUUGGAUGUGUGCGAACUCAACAACGCGAGGUAAAGCGUCGAGUCGAACGGCUGGAAACAGCAGUCGAAAAAGCUGAAACACUUUUAAAACGAUGUACAAAUGCUGAGAUUACACAGAUAGAUACGUCACUGAAUACAGUCUUACCUGAGGAAGUCAGCGAUGUUGGAAAACAAGCCGCAUCUGAUCUUGAAGGUCUUCGUCCAUUCCGUUUCAAAGAAAACAAAACAUUACUUGACAGUCUUAACUCUGACGGCAUCGGCUCAUUUCAAACUUAUGUGACAAACACUUGCGCUGAUCGGUCAUCUGCCAAAGGGAAAGGAAUCAAUGAAGCGAUUGUUGGACUUGAAUCAAACUUUUUGUUAAAAACGAGAAAUGCCGAAGGAGAACAAUGUUACGAUGAGCGUGACUCUGUAACCGUGGAAAUAAAAAAUCAGCAAGGCCAUGACUGUGCGACGGAAGUGCGACUCAAAGAUGAGAGAGAUGGUAGCUACAAAGUCAGAUAUUUCCUCAAAGAUACAGGAAAAUGCCAAGUAUCAGUGAAAAUAAAUGAAGAACACAUUUGUGGCAGUCCAUUUCCUAUCAAAUCGAAACCCAGACAGUUCAGACACGUGUUAUCUUUUGGAAAACAAGGCUCGUCCGUUGGAAUGCGAUGCUGUCCAUAUGGAGUGGCAGUGAAUGAACGAGAUGAAAUUGCAGUGACUGAUUGUGGUAACCACAAGGUUCAGGUAUUCAGUAGUGAUGGAACUUACUUAAGAUCUUUUGGUAGAAAGGGUGAUAAACAGGGCGAGUUAAAUUGGCCUGCUGGGAUAGCAUUUGAUAAAAAUAGACGCAGUAUAGUAGUAGACUAUAGUAACCACCGAGUUCAAUUGUUUGAUGAGCAGGGUGAGUACCUGAGCCAGUUUGGUGAUGAAGGAAAUCUUGAUCAUCAGCUGAAGAGUCCUUUUGGUUUAUCUGUCGACAGGAAUGGAAAUAUCAUUGUUGCCGAUGCGGGCAACAAAGUUAUAAAAACCUUUUCUCCCAGUGGCCAGUUUUUGUAUAAACUUGGUAAAGGUGAAGGGCAGGGUUUUACUUCUCCUUCUCACUGUAUUCAAUAUGAAAAAUAUCUAAUAAUGUCAGACGCUGGUGAAAAUUGUAUCAAAGUGUUUGAUAUAAAUGGCAACUUUUUGUACAAAUUUGGAAAUAAGGGGAACAGGGACGGGGAGUUUAACUCACCCCGUUUUUUGUCAGUUAACAAGGCAGGACACCUGAUGGUCUGUGACAAAAACAAUGACAGAGUUCAGGUAUUUGAACUGAGUGGUAAGUUUAUAACAAAGUUUGGAAAACAAGGGAGUGGGCCAGGAGAGUUCAACAAUCCAACAUCUACAGCAAUUCUUAGUGAUGGUAGGAUAGUUGUAGCAGAUUGGUUGAACUGUCGCAUCAAAAUAUAUGAGUAAAUGUGGAUAAUUAAUCUACAAUUACAUUCAGACUACAGAUUACUUCUGAAAAAAUUGUUUUCACCUAAUCUUGAAAUCAUUUCCUAAAUAAGCUUCUCAUUAUACACUGUAAAAUUAA